AGGCCGUCGUCAUGGCCGCGUUGGAGCCGGAAGUGCCGUCUCCGGUCGCAGUCCCGGAUUUGGAGUGGUAUGAGAAGUCGGAAAAAAACCAUGCUCCCCAGGUAGAUCUGCUGGAAACCACCUCUGCCCAGGAAACUUCCAACCCUUCGGAGCCCUUUUGCCCAAGAGACCGCUUGGUGCCAGUGGUGUUUCCUGGACCUGUGAGCCAGGAAGGCUGCUGUCAGUUUACUUGUGAACUUCUAAAGCAUAUCAUGUACCAACGCCAGCAACUCCCGCUGCCCUAUGAACAGCUUAAGCACUUCUACCGGAAACCUUCUCCCCAGGCAGAGGACAUAGUGAAGAAGAAACCUUUGUCCACAACUGAGGCAAGCAGCAGGAAAUGCCAACAAGCCCUGGCGGAAUUGGAAAGUGUCCUCAGUCACCUACAGGACCUCUUUGCCCGGACACUAGUACCACGAGUGUUGAUCCUCCUUGGCGGCAGUGCUCUUAGCCCCAAGGAGUUUUACGAACUUGACUUGUCCAGGCUGGCCCCCUUUGAUGUGGACCAGAGCCUGAACACAGCUGCUUGUUUACGUCGUCUCUUCCGAGCCAUUUUCAUGGCUGAUGCCUUUAGUGAGCUGCAGGUUCCUCCCCUCAUGGGCACCAUUGUCAUGGCACAGGGGCACCGUGACUGUGGGGAAGAUUGGUUUCGACCCAAGCUCAACUACCGAGUACCCAGCCGGGGCCACAAACUCACUGUGACCCUGUCUUGUGGCAGACCUUCCAUCCCAACCAUGGAUUCGGAGGAUUAUAUUUGGUUCCAGGCACCAGUGACUCUUAAAGGCUUCCACGAGUGAAGGAGGAUGCUUCUUAAUCCAUGAAAGCACAAUGGCUCAAUUAUCUCUCCGUGACACAUCACCCAUAUCUUGCUUGGAACUGGAGUUGCGUGGAGGAACUGGAGUUCCUGAUGAGGGAGAGGGAGACUCUGUCCUUCUGGCUGUCUGCCUCUCCUCCUCAGACUUCCUGGUGGGUUGGUGAUAGGUGACUGUGACUAAUAAUCAUUGUUGAUUAAUGUCUCUGAAUCAAAGAUUGACUUUCCCAGAGGCUGCUGGCUGUCCUGUUUAAGGGUAGAAAGGAAAGAUGGGUCCAUAGACUCCUAUGGAGGUGGGCCUUCUCUGCUUUGCUCUAUCCUUCCAGAAUUGGUAGCAGAGCUAUGAUGUGGGUAUGACUCAUGAAUUUAAAUAUAAAAUGAACAUAUAAAAUUUUCCUGCAGCUUGA